AUGAGUAUAAUCGCAGGGGCAUGUAUGCUGAUCCUGGCUUAUGCAUCAGUGAUGCUUCUUGGCUUCUACCAGAUUAAGGAAGGCCAGGUGGGACUUAUCAAAGAAUUCGGAGUCUUGAAGAACGAACUCAUCGAGCCUGGCUUUCAUUUCAGAGUACCAGGCAUGCAGGAAGUGAUACGCAUGGAUCUCAUGAUUCAGACUGAUAAGGUUGAGCGUGUCCCAUGUGGAACUGCCAACGGAUUGCUCAUCACCAAGCACACACUUCAAGAGAUCUAUAUUGACCUUUUUGAUCGCCUUGAUGAGGAGCUUAUGAAAGCUCUUAGCCAAGAUCUAAAGAAAUGGGCGCCAGGAAUCGAAAUUCUUUCAGUAAGAGUCACUAAGCCAACCAUUCCCAAGAAAAUUCUGCAGAACGUAGAGCAAAUGGAGAAGGUGAAGGUGGAAUUCUUGAUUGCUGUAGAAAAUAAAGGACAGUAG